AUGGCAGCCUUGCUAUCUCGUAGGCCUCUGGACUUUGUCUACCUCGUCUAUUUCUCCCUCCACCUAGUCCUCUCAACCCUCAACAUCGGUCUCCUCUUCCCGCCCGUCCUCCGCCUCUCCGUCCAGCAAUUCUACCUCAUAAAACAUGUCAUGUACACAAACGACCCCCUCUUCCGCUUCCGUCCCGCAUGGUUCCUCUCCUCCGUCCUCACCGAGGCCGCCCUUCAAAUCCCAUUCUUCGUCAUCGCCAUCCUCGCCUUCCACCGCAACUCAAAAUUCAUCUACAUCCCCACCCUCAUCUACGCAGUAAACGCCUGCUCAACCACAUUCGCAUGCAUGGCCGACAUCGCCUUCGGCUACGACGACACCCUCCCGCAAGCAGACAGAAAACACUUGCUCUUUGUCUAUUUCCACGCGCUCCUCGUCCCCGCCCUGAUGACCCUCGACAUGGCCCGCCGGAUGCGCAGAUGGAUCCCGCACUCGUCGGCGUCGUUCGAGGCCGAGAACGGCAGCCGCAGGAAAUAUAAUUGA